CGGCAGAGACACCUGCACGCUCAACAAAAAACUUACUCACAACUUCACAUCUCUAUUUUGAAAAAAAAAAAAAAAAAAUCUUUUUUUUUUUUUUUCAAAAAAAAAAAAGGAAUUAUGGGGGGGUAUUAAUUAAUAAUAUGGGGUGUGGUGUUAGAGAGAUAACAAACAAGCACGAGACUCCCUCCUCUCAAGAAAAGCCAGCCCCACGCGAAGAAGAAGAGAAAGAAGCAUAAGAGAGAAAAUAAUAAAAAGGGAAUUUGAAGAGGAAGAAGAAGAAGAGGAAGAAGAGAGCAAAGAAAGAAAGCAGAAUAAGGUGUCUCUCUCUUGGACUGAUUCGUUCCAAUCGCAUCUAAUCUCUUUGUUCCUUUUUCUUUCUCUCUCUGUCCAUCAUAUUUCAUAUGUUAGAGAGAAGGUGAUACUAAUACAUGUUGGCAAAGGCAAAGGCAAUAUAGAGCGAGAAAGGAAAAGUAGGUGAAGACACAAAGUGGCAAGCAAGGGGGAAAAAAAAAAAAAAAGAGCAUACAAGGUUUAUUAAGGGAGGAAAUAAUUGUAUGGUGGCAUGGUGAAGAUUUGUGCUUGUUGAAGUCUUCUUCUCUCAACAAACAAAAAAAAAAUUCAUUUUUUUGAUUUACUUUGGAGGAUUCCUUCUCUUUCUCUCUCUCAAAUUUCUCUUCCCUCUUAAAAUUCCAAUCCAAUCUAUCUUGUUCUUUCUUUCUCUCUCUUAUUGAGAGAUAGGAGGGCAUCUUCCUUGUCUUCCAUGCUUCUUCUUUAUCUGCCUUCUUUCAACAUUGCUUCAUCUUCUUAAUUAGUUUGCUUUUACCAAUACCAAUACCAAUAAUACCAAAUAUCCCCUCUGUCUGUACCCAUAUACAUACAUUUCUGUUACAAAACUUUCCCCUGCUAUAUACAUAUAACAUCAUAAUCUUCAUAAUUUUUCUGUCCUAUCAAUCUAGAAAUGGCCGUUCAAGCUCAGUACCCUUCAAAUGUCCUCCUUCUAAAUAGAAACGGACAAGACGGGCACGACUACUCAUUACAACCGCAACCAGGAGGACUGUUCCUCGAUCAAUCCCCAAUGAUAUUCAACAAUGUCGCCGCGAGUGGUACUACUACUAAUAACAAUAAUAAUACUAAUCCGAGGAAAAGAGGAAGAGAAGCUUCAAUCACAAUGAACAAUAUUCCCUUCUCUUUGCAGCAACAACACCAACAACCUCAUCAGCUUAUUGACCUUUCUCAGCUUCAUAAUCAACAACAACAACCCAAUGUGGUCUCCACAGGCUUGAGAUUAUCUUUCGGAGAACAACAACAACAAUUGCAAAACCAUCACAACAAUCAGAAUCAGAAUCAUCAUCACCAUCAACAACAACAACAAGAAGAACAACAGUUUAGUCAAUCUCCGUCUUUGUUAUCUGUAUUGGCAGAGGAUUUUGCCUCACAAAAUAAACAACAGAGAGACGAAAUCGACCAAUUCCUUCAAGCCCAGGGGGAGCAGCUGCGGCGCACUUUAGCGGAGAAGAGGCAGAGGCACUAUCGUGCGCUACUGGGCGCAGCGGAGGAGACGAUAGCGCGGAGGCUGAGGGAGAAGCAGGCGGAGAUGGAGAAGGCAACGCGCCGGAACGCCGAGUUGGAGGCACGCGCGGCGCAGCUUAGCGUGGACGCGCAGCUCUGGCAGGCCAAGGCCCGGGCGCAGGAGGUUACGGUGGCCUCGCUCCAGGCCCAACUUCAGCAGGCCAUGAUGGUGGGCGUCGGUGGGCCCACUUCGGCCCACGAUAGGAGGGGCGUCGACGACGGCGGGCUAUCGUGCGCCGACGGCGGCCAGGCAGAGGACGCCGAGUCAGCUUACGUUGACCCGGAUCGAGUUGCCGUCGUGUCGGGACCGAGUUGCAGGGCGUGUCGGAAGCGAGUCGCCUCGGUGGUGCUGUUGCCGUGUCGGCACUUGUGCCUCUGUACGGACUGCGACAGACUCGUUCAGGCCUGCCCGGUUUGCCUUUCGCUGAGGAAUUCCAGUGUCGAGGUCUUUCUGUCUUAGGGCCCAGGACCAGCCGAUUGUAGGCCCAAUUGUGGCGGCUGUGGGCCCACUAAAAUGCAACGCCGGAGAAUAUGGAGAAAAGAAAAAUGAAGGAAAAAAAAAAGAGGAAUUUCAAUAAUAUUGGAGUAUAAUAAGGAAAAAGAAAUGACAUUCUCUUCUCUUUUUUUUUUUUUUUUUAAAUGGGAAAAUAGGUGAUUAUCCUGCUCCCGAGACUCAAAUUUUUCUUGUUUGAUUUCCCCUCUUGGAGUGAUUACCUAGAGGUAAUGUACAUGGCCACGUGGGUAGUGGCAUUGUUUUUUCU